GGAGUUAUUUAGGCCAGACAGGGCAGGGCUAUUUGCUUGCAGGGUGCUCACAUCGCCCUAGGCAGUUAACCCUCGUCUUGGCCAGCCAGUAGUAAUCUACAGAUGGCUAUUUAAAGCCUCCUAUCUGAGCCCACUCUGGCUCCAUGGCAUAGCAGCCCUCUCCAUAUCAUAAGGACCCUGUUGCCAGUGUAAACGGCACAUCAACCAAGGACGUGCAUGGGAGCCAACAAACGCUGGACACCACAGCCUCUCUGUGAGAACAGGGGUGUAUUUACUGGGAACCAAAUGCCAUGUACACCAUCCUCGGAUUAUCUCCCAAUUCAUCCAGAUGAACACAGAUUACACUUCGAUCCACUUUCCUGUCAUAUUCACUGCACUCUACAAUGGCCUUGGGAUAGUCCUGUAUAAUCAGCAUUAUUUAAUGACAGUUCAUCUGUUCUCAUACGGAGAGAAAUAGAAACCGAGGGUGGCAGCAGUCUCACUUAAAGGCUUCUGAUUGUCUUUCAUUUGUCUUUUCCCUGCAUCAAUGCUCAGGGUAAACCAAAUGAAUUAAUGCAUUCAAGAAAAAGAGUAUCACAGAGACCAUAAGCGACGAGGAUACAUGUCCAGUGUUGGUGCAUCAGAUUCCAGUGCUUGGAUUCAGAUGUUAAUGUCUGAAUCCAGUAUGUAUAGAACUGUUUUCUGUCUUGCCAGAUAUCAACCCUAGCAUAUACAGUAACACUCAGGCCAAGGUGUGCUGUGAAGUGAGGUCUGGGCUGUGUGUGGUUAUGUGACAGGGACUUGUAGGCUAGCAUCCUGGACUGCAAUCAGAGACUGUUUGCAGAAGUGUCACCUGACCAUAAUGCAUGUUGACCUGGGGGAAACAAAUAAGUAAACCAGUGAAUGAAACUUUUACAAGCCAAGAACCUAAAUAAACAGAGUGGAGCCCGGGGGGGAAAUCUGCAACAACAGUAUUGAAUAUUGUAUAAAACUAACUUUGUACUGUACGGUAGCUGUGUAGCCUACCCAUUAAAUUGUAAUAUCAACUAAAAAAACUUCCUCAUUCAAACAUUUAUGGCCAUACUAGAGGACUAGUCCCAUGUGAAUAGUUGACAUACAGUAGGAGUGUCUGACAGGAGGACCAUUGUGCCACAAUAAGUGUUUGCAAUUACAUUUUGUUUUAUUCAAGCCAAAUAAAUAGGUAUUUACAUAACAACUAAGUUAGUGCCAUUACAGUGCAGGUCAAUGUUGUUACAGUAUACAAUAUCAACUGUUCAACGUAUACCAAUGUAAUUGCCAUGAAAUAAAUACAUACAUAUUGUGGAACUGAAUAGCCUACAGUGAUUUGUGUUGCUGUAGAUAUGGUCUUGAAUACACAAGUAGGCUAUAUGUAAGUGUCGCAGCAUAAAAUAGGUUUCAACAUCGAACACGAGAACAAUGGGCAUACAGAAAAUAUCCGUUUUUUUUAAUGCCACCUUCACUAUAGGCAACUCUGCAUCCUACAACUGUGGAAUUUCGGCAACAAAGUAUCCAUGUCUCUAAGAACUCUGAAAAUGUGUCUGUGAGAGAUGGAGGCGAGGCGCCUGCUUUCUGCUUCUUCCCAGGUCAGUCUGAUCUGAUGCGCGUGGCCAUGCCAGUGGAAAAUACCGUUAAUUUUCUCUCCUUCAUUUUUUCCUUUCUGCGGGAAGCUUCGGAUUUGGGAGCCGUGCCUUCUCUCCUCCUACAGACAUCACAUCCGGGUCAGUUGGCUGCAACUGUGUGUAUAGCGAGCUCAGUACAGCAACGCAGGCUGAGACAGCUGCUGUGUAUCCUGUGCUGACAUGGAUACGACCACUGGCGUUUGUUGAAACUGUUCACCAUAACAUCAAGCUGGGAAGCUAAAACCAGGGACGCCCGCGGAAAGGACCGAUAAUUUCUUGCAUGGGUGCCCUCGAGGGAUAGCCACUAUUCAGCCAUGUCCAAAAGCCUGAAGAAGAAAAACCACUGGACCAACAAAGUCUACGAGAGUGUCCUUUGCAGGAAUAAGGAAGGGGAGCUUGGGUUCGAGUUGAAGGGAGGCGCGGAGAAUGGACAGUUCCCAUAUCUUGGGGAGGUUAGGCAAGGCAAGGUGGCCUGCCAGAGCGGCAGACUGUCCCAAGAUGAACUACUCCUUGAGGUCAAUGAAACGCCAGUGGCUGGACUAACCAUCAGGGACGUACAUGCAGUGGUCAGACACAGCAAAGACCCUGUCCGCCUUAAGUGUGUCAAACAAGGGGGCGUCAUAGACAAGGACCUGCGUCACUACCUCAACCUGCGCUUCCAGAAGGCCUCAGUGGACCACGAGCUCCAGCAGAUCAUUAGAGACAACCUCUACCUCCGCACCAUACCCUCAGAGCUCAUCUAUUGUGGAGAGGAUGUGCGGAGUCUUCAGAACCACUUCGCUCUGAGAGUCGAUCAGAAGAGAGAGUCUCUACUAUUUCUAUCUGAAGAUGUUUGAGACUGAAGAUGCACCAGACUUGUGUUUUGGAGCUCCACACAGCCCAAUCAACAGAGAGUUUUUGAGAUCCACACAGCCCAAUCAACAGAGAGUUUUUGAGAUCCACACAGCCCAAUCAACAGAGAGUUUUUGAGAUCCACACAGCCCAAUCAACAGAGAGUUUUUGAGAUCCACACAGCCCAAUCAACAGAGAGUUUUUGAGAUCCACACAGCCCAAUCAACAGAGAGUUUUUGAGAUCCACACAGCCCAAUCAACAGAGAGUUUUUGAGAUCCACACAGCCCAAUCAACAGAGAGUUUUUGAGAUCCACACAGCCCAAUCAACAGAGAGUUUUUGAGAUCCACACAGCCCAAUCAACAGAGAGUUUUUGAGAUCCACACAGCCCAAUCAACAGAGAGUUUUUGAGAUCCACACAGCCCAAUCAACAGAGAGUUUUUGAGAUCCACACAGCCCAAUCAACAGAGAGUUUUUGAGAUCCACACAGCCCAAUCAACAGAGAGUUUUUGAGAUCCACACAGCCCAAUCAACAGAGUUUUUGAGAUCCACACAGCCCAAUCAACAGAGAGUUUUUGAGGUCCACACAGCCCAAUCAACAGAGAGUUUUUGAGAUCCACACAGCCCAAUCAACAGAGAGUUUUUGAGAUCCACACAGCCCAAUCAACAGAGAGUUUUUGAGAUCCACACAGCCCAAUCAACAGAGAGUUUUUGAGAUCCACACAGCC